GCCGGCCCACGUGGACCGCGGCCGCGCCGGGCACGCGCCCGCCUGCCCGCCCGCAGCCCGGGCUGGGGGUCAGGGAAGGAAACUUUACAGAAACAUGAAGCCCUCAACCAUCUGGAGCUCAGAAACAUAUUUGAGGCUGACUGUGGCUUCUAGAACAUCCAGGUGUUCUACAGAUGUCAGAAUUCAUCCUGUAGUCACCAGAUGGAGUCCCUAACAGAUGCAAGGCUUAUGCUGUGGUUCUAACACUCCUGAAGAAAGAGGGGUCACUUUCUAGGUGGCCAAAGGGCAGUUUUUGACACUGGUGUCUAACUAUUGAACAUAACCUGUUGUCUUAUUGAGCCGUGGUGGGAAAACUGACUACAGAGGAUCAAGCCAAAUUAGGAGUUGCAAGUUUCCCGACUCUCUUAAAUUAAGAUUCCAGGUGGGGGCCUCAUUUGUGUAGCCCCCAUUGCUCCUGCAGCAAUCGUCACUGCCACCACCGCUGCCACCAGCACAUCUUGCAAACUCCAUCCCUAUUCCCCAGGGACUCCCUGCAUUGAAAGUGAGCAGAAAGGAGCUUUUGGAAAAGUCUCAACAAUCGGCUCUUCCCCUCACCACCAUGGGCUGGCUUUUUCUAAAGGUUUUGUUGGUGGGAGUGAGUCUCUCAGGAUUUCUUUAUCCUUUUGUGGAUUUUUGUAUCAGUGGGAAAACAAGAGGCCAGAAACCGAAUUUCGUGAUCAUUUUGGCUGAUGAUGUGGGGUGGGGUGACCUGGGAGCAAACUGGGCAGAAACAAAGGACACUGCUAACCUUGAUAAGAUGGCUUCAGAAGGAAUGAGGUUUGUGGAUUUCCACGCAGCUGCCUCCACCUGCUCACCCUCCCGAGCCUCCUUGCUCACCGGUAGGCUCGGCCUUCGCAAUGGAGUCACACACAACUUUGCAGUCGCCUCUGUGGGGGGCCUUCCGCUCAACGAGACCACCCUGGCAGAGGUGCUGCGGCAGGCGGGUUACGUCACUGGGAUGAUAGGCAAAUGGCAUCUUGGGCACCACGACUCUUAUCACCCCAACUUCCGUGGUUUCGAUUACUACUUUGGAAUCCCAUAUAGCCACGAUAUGGGCUGCACUGAUACCCCGGGCUACAACCACCCUCCUUGUCCAGCGUGUCCACAGGGCGACGGACCACCAAGGAACCCUGAGAGAGACUGCUACACCGACGUGGCCCUUCCUCUCUAUGAAAACCUCAACAUCGUGGAGCAGCCGGUGAACCUGAACGACCUUGCACAGAAGUAUGCUGAGAAAGCAGCCCGGUUUAUCCAGCAAGCCAGUGCCAGCGGAAGACCCUUCCUGCUCUAUGUGGCCCUGGCCCACAUGCACGUGCCCUUAUCUGUGACCCAGAUACCAGCAGCCCCAGGGGGCCGAAGACUGUAUGGUGCAGGUCUCCGCGAGAUGGACAGCUUGGUGGGCCAGAUCAAGGACACAGUUGACCGCACAGCAAAAGAAAACACAUUCCUCUGGUUUACAGGAGACAAUGGUCCUUGGGCUCAGAAGUGUGAGCUGGCAGGCAGCGUGGGUCCCUUCAUUGGAUCCUGGCAAACUCGUCAAGGGGGAAGUUCCGCCAAGCAGACCACCUGGGAAGGCGGGCACCGGGUCCCGGCACUGGCUUACUGGCCUGGCAGAGUCCCAGUCAACGUCACCAGCACUGCCUUGUUAAGCGUGCUGGACAUUUUCCCCACCGUGGUGGCCCUGGCCCAAGCCAGCUUGCCCCGAGGCCGGCACUUUGAUGGUGUGGACAUCUCCGAGGUGCUCUUUGGCUGGUCACAGGCUGGGCACAGGGUGCUGUUCCACCCCAACAGCGGGGCAGCUGGAGAGUUCGGAGCCCUGCAGACUGUCCGCCUGGGGCGUUACAAGGCCUUCUACGUGACAGGUGGAGCCAAAGCAUGUGAUGGGAGCAUCGGGCCUGAGCAGCAUCACGAGCUUCCCCUGAUGUUCAAUCUAAAGGACGAUGGUGCAGAAGGUGAGCCUCUAGACAGCGGCGGUGCCGAGUACCAGGCCGUGUUGCCCGAGGUCAGAGAGGUUCUUGCAGAUGUCCUUCAAGACAUUGCCAGCGACAACAUCUCCAGAGCGGAUUACACUCAGGAUCCUUCGGUAACUCCCUGCUGUAAUCCCUACCGAAUUGCCUGCCGCUGCCAGACCGCCUAACAGACCCGUUUUUCCACAAGGAGGAAUAUCUGGAAAUGAGAUGGGCGAGUUCAAUCCUAGACUUCAGUUUUACCCUCUUUAAAACAUAUGCUUUAAAAACAAGUCUCGGAAUUUAGUUUUGUAGCCCCCGCCUUGCAUACCAUGCCUGCAUACUGUCCCCUCCUCCAUGCCAGCUUGAGAGGACAGCUGAGCUGAGCUGGCUCUGGGGCAGGGAACGUGCUGUCGUGGGAAGCACGUGGGCUUUGGAGCCAGGAACAGGUUCAAGCCCCGGCUUUUGAACUUGGGCAAUUAUUUAACCUAACUUGCAUUGAUUUUUUGAGGGUUAAAUAAAGCAAUACAUGAAAAUGCCUGGUAUGUUACCUGAUACAGAGCAGACACCCAAUACAUUUUAGUUUCCUUUUUU